AUGAGACUCGCAGCGCUUCUAGCGCUGGCGACGGCGGUGAGCGCGACCGAGCUCACCGCUGUGGACUAUAUGAGGAGCAAGUUCUACAGGCUUGAAGAGGAGCUGUGGAAGAAUGUGACUGACCCCGAGUGGAGGGUGGGGGGUGCGGGGGGAGACGUCGAGCUGACCAAGGCCUUCGCCGCCUUCGACGUAAAACUGCAAGCGAUCGGCCGAGCCCGCCGGCCGCCGCUUGAGUCAUGGCUGUGGGUGAAGGCGGUGGAGAGGUUCCAGAUCAUAGAUGGCUACUACAAGGAGUUCGUGUCUUUCGUCAAUCGCCAGUCCGCGGCGGGCGCGGUGCCGGCCCCGGUCAGGGAGUGGCUGGACCUGGCCGAGGGUAUCCUCAUGGACCCCAAGUCGUCCGUGGCGCAGGCCGUCAGGAAGAUACACGACCUGCUGGAGCAGGGGAACAUGUUCCGCAUGACCUUCCAGGAGGAUCACCCGGACCUGUGCGAGCUGCAGCUGUCCUCUCACCAGCUCAUAUACGACAUGUACAACACCAUUUCACUCACAGAGAUCAAGGGCUACGCCAUGAUGCAGUUCUCAUGGAUGCUGCUGAGGAUAUACGGAAAAGGGAAUUUCACCCAGGAGGCGAGUCUGACACGUCAGAGAUACGGCGAAAGGACGUCCCGGACGGCGGCGGCGGCCAGGUCUGCUCUGGCUAUGGCCAAGAGAGAUCUCUACAGAUGUGACCCACCACAACACAAGGAAGGAGAGACGUACGCGGAGGUGACCCGUCUGUUGCAAGGCUACAUAGAAAACGAAGUGAACAUGAACUCCGACCAGACGUGCAAAGAGAACUGCGCCUUCUACACACUCGCCGAGCAACACUCGUGUUACGACGAGAAGAUGUUCUGCUCGCAGCAGCCCAAGUGCAAGGGCAGGAUCAUCAGCUGCCAGUACAUCGACUCCGACAUGUGGAUAUGUAAAGCGAGGAAGAACAGCAAUCGUAGAUACGAAUGGAUUGAAUAUGAGAACGGUCGCACCCUGGGGAAAGUCGGGAGCUGCACGAGAGGGACCACUAAGGUCGACUCCUGGUGGACAUGGAAACUCCUACACUGCUCCUACUGUUUGUGUCUUUGCGAAGACCAUAUCAGCGUAUCAGAGCGCACAUUUAGUUUACGAGAAACAUUGGCUGACAUGACCGCCAACAAGGUAGUGACCGGGCUGAGGCUCGUGAAGUAUGGAAGGGUUUUCCACCUCCAGAUAAGCGAAGGGACUCUCGGGGAGAGAGGUUCUAUCACACCGACUGGCUGGGUGCCGAUACAAAAAUUCGACAUAACUGAUGUCGGUGUGAAGGAGGGAGUCGACUACCAUACCCUCACUUAUGAGAGGCGAGCGAUUGAUUUAGACGAACUCGAUUCACCAACAGGUCACGUUCUGACAGGAGUCAGAUUCCGUAUGAUCGGUGCCCAUCUUCACUUUGAAAUACGUUCCACUCCAUUCAACUACACAACCGGUCGCCUGGCCCCCGACAGGAGCCAGUGGAUCAGUAACGACAACACCGAUGGAGCCGACACCAAACCCAGGGUCCGCCUGGAUCUGUACAAGCCGGACCUGCCGACCCGCAGUUUAUCACCGCUGCCGGUGGACUCGCAACACGAUCAGUACAUAGAGUUCACUCAUAGUGACUUAGACGCGGACGCGGCGCAGAGUACGGUGCCUUUCAUUGACAUCCAACCGCUCGAACCGUCGAAGGGCUCGGCCCUACUGAGCGGCGCGGGCAUCAUCCACCGCGGCGCUCGCGGCUCGGGCGGGUUCAUCUCUACCAAGCUGUUCACGUACGACUACUCCAGACACGUCAAGGCCGAGCUGCCUCCUAGCAGCUUCGAGGACACCGAGGCGGACCUGCCGCCGCUCAAUACCUUCUAG